AUGGGCUCAAGUAUAACAAUUGUGAGGAUGGUGCUGGACCCGGUAGCGCUUCGUUCUGUUGUACAUAGGGUCACUAGUUUUGAAGUUGCAACGGCCCUCGAAAAUCAAAGCCACAAGGUCCGGUAUUCAGAGACAGUGGAAAAUGGAUCAAUUAUAUUUUCUCUUUCUGGAGUUGCAUUUUUAUUGAUGGAUGCUAAAGAAUGUCUUAUGUCAGCUGAAGAAAUAUUUCUAGCCAAAAUUGAGAAGUUUAUAAACAUUCACCAAAACAGUUUUUUGGUUCUAACUGCUGCCCUCCAUGGGCCGGAGGAAUGGAAACUGAUGUUCAGGAUUCAGCAGAGAUUCCUGGGUAGUAACUUACGGAUACUUCCAGUACACAACACAGUAAAUGCUAUUAAUCUUAUGUGCACUAUAGCUAAGACCACCUCCAAGCCAUACAUAGAUAGCAUCUGCUACAGAAUGAUAACAGCUAAAGCUUAUAUCAUUGAACAAAGUCCUGUUUGGAAAACACUUCAGAAGAUAAAACUUAGUAGUGAUUAAUUUGACUCAAAUAAGAGAAUCAUUUAUAAAUGCUCUUUUGGAAGAAAUAUUAAAAUAAUUAAACCUGUUAAAUUAUAAUGUACAAAAAUAAAUUUAAAACAUUUUUAUGUUAACUUGAAA